GCGUUGCCAGGGCCAAGCUCCGUUAUAACCCGCGAAGCAGCCGCUGUCGAGGCAUUCAAAGCUCUAUAACUUCACAGGGAUAUACAAGUAUUACCACACAAUGAGAGAAAUCGUGCACAUUCAGGCAGGCCAGUGCGGCAACCAGAUUGGGGCCAAAUUCUGGGAGAUCAUCAGUGAUGAGCAUGGCAUCGACCCCACGGGAACAUACCGUGGGGACCACGAUCUGCAACUCGAACGAAUCAACGUGUAUUACAAUGAAGCCACCGGUGGCAAAUAUGUACCCAGAGCCAUUCUUGUCGACUUGGAGCCGGGUACGAUGGACUCUGUCCGAUCUGGGCCUUUUGGGCAGCUCUUCAGGCCUGACAACUUUGUAUUUGGUCAGAGCGGAGCUGGCAACAACUGGGCCAAAGGCCACUACACAGAGGGCGCUGAAUUGGUUGACUCUGUCCUCGAUGUAGUACGUAAGGAAUCCGAAGGUUGUGAUUGUCUUCAGGGCUUCCAGCUCACACACUCCCUCGGCGGUGGCACUGGGUCAGGAAUGGGCACACUUCUCAUCUCCAAGAUCCGUGAAGAAUACCCAGACCGUAUCAUGAACACCUUCUCCGUCGUACCCAGCCCAAAAGUAUCCGACACCGUUGUUGAACCUUACAAUGCCACCCUCUCAGUCCACCAGCUCGUUGAGAACACAGACGAAACCUACUGUAUUGACAAUGAAGCUUUGUAUGACAUUUGCUUUAGGACACUGAAACUCUCCACCCCCACUUAUGGCGAUCUGAAUCAUCUAGUCUCUCUUACAAUGUCAGGUGUUACGACAUGCUUGCGAUUCCCCGGCCAGCUCAACGCCGAUCUCAGAAAGUUAGCUGUCAACAUGGUCCCAUUCCCUCGACUCCACUUCUUCAUGCCUGGAUUUGCACCCUUGACCUCUCGUGGCUCUCAGAUGUACCGUGCUCUGACUGUGCCCGAGCUCACCCAACAGAUGUUUGACGCCAAGAACAUGAUGGCUGCUUGCGAUCCCCGCCAUGGUCGCUACCUAACCGUCGCUGCCGUCUUCCGUGGGCGCAUGUCCAUGAAGGAGGUGGACGAGCAGAUGCUUAACAUCCAGAACAAGAACUCCUCCUACUUCGUCGAAUGGAUUCCUAAUAACGUCAAGACUGCAGUUUGUGAUAUUCCACCAAGAGGUAUUAAGAUGGCUUCCACAUUCAUCGGCAACUCCACUGCUAUCCAAGAACUAUUCCGUCGAAUUUCUGAGCAGUUCACUGCUAUGUUCCGAAGAAAGGCUUUCCUCCAUUGGUACACAGGAGAAGGCAUGGAUGAGAUGGAGUUCACAGAAGCAGAAUCCAACAUGAAUGAUUUAGUUUCCGAAUACCAACAGUAUCAAGAUGCCACAGCAGAAGAAGAAUACGAGGAUGAGGAGGAGCAUGCUGAAGAGGCUUAAAUUCCCCUAAUAUCCUUUACAAAAUCCUUACCUUUUGUUCAUACCUGCCUACUGGACAACACAGUGUUGAUCCUGUCAUAUGUAGUAUUAGAAUGCGUAAGGAUAUCAGCAUGAUGAAAGAUCUCAUUGGAGUUAUAGAGACAAGCUCUGACUUGCCUCUUCAGUUGCCAUUCUGUUUCACUUCGAAUAUCUUUUACUCAAGGUUUAUGCCACUGAGUUCCAUGCUAUAUUAUGUUUCACAGUGAGGUGCUUGUGCCCACUGUAAAAUUGGGAAAGGUUUGUCCUUAAAUUGGGGCAGACUUUGAGAGGAGCAAAGUGGAAGAUUAUUCCAAAACACAACGUGCUAAUACACUGCCAAAAGAUUCGCGACAGAUGGUGUCUUUCACUUGCUUCACUCACAUACCCACUUAGUUCAUUAUAGACCCACUUCAAUAAUACUAUGUCUUUCUCGCUCAUUCUGUUUCUUCCAUGCCUUCUUCUUUUCCGCGCUUAUUUCAGCUCAUGGCCCUCAGUUUUUAGGUUUAUCCUCUCUAGUCCUCUUUCGUCAGGAGUCACCCUGGAGGAAGCCCAAGCCAAAGAAUAUUCUUGACUAGUAAAGGGUUGUUAAUGACACUCGGUGGAAUUGGGUUGUUGGGAGAGAAAUGCAGACGGUCAACAUUUGAGUCAAUUCAUGUUGCAGUCCAGUUUUAGAUGUCUUGAAAUCUAUAUUCUUCUAUUCCUGUGAAAAUUACCGAAAUUGUUAAUGGUUAAGAUGAUUCACCGAAACCAAAAAUGCAUUACCCAAAUUCAAGUUUGAGAAAUCCAUGACCAUAAGUGGAAUACUGAUAAAAAGAAAAGAAAAAAAAAAGUCCUACUGUAAGAUAUGUAUACAGAAGCUGCAAAUUCCCUUGCUAGUCACGUAAUUGAUAAUUGUGACAUGUCACAGUAUUAUUAUUAUUAAUUAUUAUUAUAUUAACCUAAUUGAUGGUUUGUAUUUGUCUCUUUAUUCGCAUUUUGUUCUAGUUAUAGUCAAAUUACGGCAUUUUAAUUUUUAUUGCAGCUCUGUAUCUUUAAUAAAGGUAUUUAUAUGGUU